AUGGCAGAUAAAAUUUGUAUCCAUACAAAUAGCAAAAUUGAUAAUAUCAAAGACAGAGUUUUAGAGAAAUCUCUUAAAAGUAUCAUCGAAAAAGAGGGUUAUUUAAAUUAUGAAAUUGUUACCAGAAAGUUCAACACUGGCGGAGGUAAAGCCGUUGAUGGUGAAAAAGAAACUAACCUAUUCGUCAAAAAAGCAAUUAAUUUUGAAAAAAUAAUAACAUUAAAUGGAAACGAAGUAAUUCAUAAGGAGUUAUUCGUAUACAUUGAUCUAUCACCAGUUGUUACACAUUUGCAAGACACAGCUAAAGUGCCCAGUGAAGAUCGAUUUAAAAUUCCAAAAGCGUAUUCAGAAUCUAGCGAACACGCUUUGAUUUUUGAGAACCUAGCCAAAAAAGGUUUCAAAACAUACGGGAAAUAUGAUAUACUACCGUUAAAAUACAUGGAACUUGCUAUUCAAGAACUGGGAAGGUUUCACGGGAUAUCAUUUGUGAUCGAACAACGUAUGCCGGACUUUUAUGAAAAUAAGAUAAAAACGCAAAAGUCGCCUUUCAAUUUUAAUGAUGAUUGGAAGGGUUUGAUGGAGAAGAUCUUCUUGUACACUGCAAGUCUAUUAGGAGGUGAAACAAAGAGAAGAAUUGAGGAUUAUCUACCGAUUGCCAUAAAGAAAUAUCCCGUGUACGACAAUGAUCAAACUUCUGAUGGCGAACCUGCGGAAGUUAUAACAGUAGAUUAUCAGCUCCUAGACUAUGGCUGUCCGCUCAGAGACUUGCUGUUCUUCAUAUAUUCGACGACCAGCAAAGAUUUCAGGAGGGAACACAUGGUGUACAAAGAAUGGAAGGACUACGGCUUGAUCAGGACGUUGUACUCGUCGGUAUUCCUGUUCGCCCCGGACUCUGGGCUGGACGUAAGCAAGCUGUGUCUGGCUGAGCUGCCUUACGAGCCGGGUCCUGAAGUACAGGAGAGAGUGCGUGGCUGGAUAGAGGAAUUCAUAGAGGACGGAUACUUGUAG